AAACAUGAUGCUCAGUUUACAGGCAUCCAGUUGGUGGGCAUGCUGCGUGGUAUUGCCUCGGGCAUGAAGUAUCUGUCAGACAUGGGCUACGUUCAUAGAGAUCUGGCAGCUCGGAACAUCCUGGUCAACAGCAACCUGGUGUGUAAAGUGUCAGACUUCGGCCUGUCACGAGUCCUGGAGGACGACCCGGAGGCUGCUUACACCACCAGGGGAGGUAAGAUCCCCAUCCGGUGGACAGCUCCAGAGGCUAUCGCCUACAGGAAGUUUACAUCAGCCAGUGAUGCGUGGAGUUAUGGCAUUGUACUCUGGGAAGUGAUGUCAUAUGGGGAACGGCCAUACUGGGAGAUGUCCAAUCAGGAUGUAAUAAAAGCUGUAGAUGAGGGGUACCGUCUCCCCCCGCCCAUGGACUGCCCUGCCACCCUCUACCAGCUGAUGUUGGACUGCUGGCAGAAAGAGCGGAACAAUCGGCCGAAGUUUGAACAAAUAGUCAGCAUCUUGGAUAAACUUAUCCGCAACCCUGGUAGCCUCAAAAUCACAGCCAACACAACAUCAAGGCCAGCAAACUUGUUGUUGGACAGGAGCAGCUCAGAGGUUCCCUCAAUGGGGACGAUGGGUGACUGGAUGGAUGGAAUGAGGACCUUACCCUGCAAAGAGGCCUUCUCUGGGGUCAGCUACAGCUCCUGUGACACCCUGGCCAAGACCUCAACAGAGGAUCUGAAAAAGGUUGGAGUGACUAUCGUAGCACCGCAGAAGAAGAUCGUGAGCAGCCUCAAAGCCCUUGAUUCUCACACUAAGAAUGGCCCAGUACCUGUUUAGAAAAAGGAACCCAACAAAUAAAAAAACACCAGAGACCUGUCUAUUGGUGUGGUUGCCAAUCACAGCCUAACACUGUGGCUUCAUUUGUAAACAGGAAACGGAUGGAAAACAUGAAAUGGUUUAAAUGAGGGCUGUCAACGUUUUGAUGAAAGACCAUAUCAAGUCCUGACAGGAAAACAGGAAGUGUUCAGUGCAGACCUGCCAGCUGGUGAAAUGCCGGACUCUUCCACCCUCCAUCCCUCCAUGCCCACGUUGAGAUGCCUUACAGACAUAGAGGAGGGUUGGAAAAGCAGUGGAAGUCCAAGGAGGUCUGAUAAACCUUACCAGCGAUACUACAUAGGACUGGACUGUGAUACAAGGCAAAAACUGGACUAACAAACAGCCGGAGCUCUCCAAAAUGAGCUUAGCAGGAAAGCUUAGCUUUCCCUUUACGGCUAAAAAGGGAUGGGCAUGCUCACAGUCUCCACCCAUCACGCCCGAUUAGCAGCCUGCGAAACAAGAAGGUGAAAUGGCUGAGAUGCCUUGCAGGUAGAGCAUGGGACAUAGCAGUACCUCACUCGGGUGUGGACCCUUCCUGGACUUUAUGAGGUCUGAGGUGCGAGAUUUUGUUGAAACUACCUACAUUUGCUGUCUCUACAGACACACCAAGAUGACAACCGAGCCAUUUAACUCUGUAGCUCUAACCUAUAGCAUUUGCAUUCAGUAGACAUGUCACAUAAAAGCAAUAAUCAUGAUAUUCUGUUAAAUCGUCUCAUUGUGUGGAAGCCGUGAGUCUGUCACAUGUACAAUGUAUCGAACGCUGUGCUCUGAAGGUCCAGGGGCCAUAACUCACAUCACACAUAUACUUUUCUUUAUGGUGACAUCUAUGUUCUGUUGGCUUAUGAUCUGAUGUUGUAUAGUUCGGUUAUGUCCUCAACCCAAGGCCCUUUGUGUGAAAUCUCAGGAUGUAUACAUUAUUUCUUCUUACAAUAGGAAACAGAAAGAGAGAAUGAAGGAGAGUCAUGAUUUGAGCGUGCAGCUUAAGAGUACAAAAAAUGGUGGAACUGUUAGAGAGACAUUCAUAAAAGGCAAAAGAGAACUUGAAUGAGACAAAGUGGUGUCAUGCGUACCUCUUCUUUGUUUUGUAUUUUAAAGUAGAAGCAAGUUUGUUCUCGAGUUUCUUCCUUAGUUAGGACAGUUUAAUCGACCCAAGAAAACAUCAGGUAUCAUUGUCUUUCUAAGAGUUUUAUGGAUUUGUCUACAGCGUACCAUUAGUGAAGAAGGUUGAGAUCAACACAGCUGAUGUGAGGAUGUCUUAGUCUCUUUGCUUUCGCCAAACCAUAACUUAUUAACAAAAGCAUACAUUUAAUAAAAUAACUAUCUUUGUUUUAGUAUUAAAUUAAUUCUUUAUCUUUAAAUCCUGGUAUGUUUGAUGCAAAAUGUAGAGUGCCUCCCGGAGAUGGUUUGGAUCAUGGCAAGAUCCUCAAGCAAAAAGGUCCAGUUUUAUUAAAGUAAAGUCAUGGUCGUCGUCCUGUGUUGUCAUAGGAGCAUGGGGUUUUUUUCAUUACUGCCCUGAACUAGCAAGGUGUGAACAUGCCCUGAGAAAGAUGCAACACUUUUGAUAAAUGAUAACUUUCCAGAUUGUUAUCCUUGUUCAUCAUACUGUACGUCCAGGAUGGGAUUUCCUAAAGACACCUUAGAACACUGAUGAUCUUUGUACCAGUAAGUACAAACCAACAGAUGUUUGUCCCGUGCUUUGAUGUCACCCAGUCUAACCCUCAGCGCAACAUUUAUCCAGUAUUUCUAAACUGGCACUUUGGUACUUUGGUGCUGUUGGUUGGGUCAUUUUAACCCUGAAGGUAUCUCCAAGCUUCUCCCCAGCACUUACUGUGGUACAAAAUAUUUGAGCACUUUGAAUGGAACUGUUAUUGCCAUGGAUGAAGGUGAAUCUAAUGGACAGUGGUGAUGCUUUUGGGAAUCCCAGCCCUGUUCAGUGUGUCAGUCGCUCCUCUGUUAAUCGGUCUACCUGUGGAUGCUGCUGUUGCUGCUAUGUGUUCCAAUUAGCGUGUACAUACUGUAAACCAUCAUAAUGAUAGCAACUAGCACUACAGAUCCCACUAUAUGUACAUGGCCAUCCUUCUUUGUACAAAUGUUUGUAUGUAUAAAAGAAUAAAUAAAAAAUUGUGCAACAUUUUUAAUUAAAAAAGAGACAAAAAUCAUCUGUAUUAUAUUUUAUCUGAUUUUGAAUUAUAUGUGUCUGCUUUGUUUUUGUUUUUUUUCUACAAUAAAAAGACAAGUUUGACAUCAUUAUUUAUUUGUUUAACAUUAUACAGCGCAAUGUUGAUGUUUUUUUUUUGUAGCAUACAGUAAAUUAUGUGUCAGUGCUAUCUGUGUUUUGGUUUUUGACUUACUUUUUAAACCUGGGACAUCGGAGCGAGCAAUACGGUUAUGCACCCUUUUCUGUCUCAAGACUGACCCGUGUGUCUGUGUGAGAGUUUACGUGUGCAAACGUAGAUGGCCUUGUCUACUAAUGUAAAAUGAUUUGUAGUGGAAACAUUUAUAUUUUUAUAAUAAAUAUUGGCAAAAUAUUUUCCAAAAAAUGGAUGAUGAUU